CGAUCAUAGUGUGUCCUUCUAGAGAGGUCCCCAGGCCCAGCUGCUUCCGGAUUGAAAUUAUUCUCAGCAGUUUCCUCCGCCAUUGCGGGUUUGGACUGGAGAUCAGUCAGUGCCGAAACCACUGCUAUCCAUUGAUGCAGUGGAGAAAAUACACAUUCGGCUGGCACUCUCUGCAUAUUUGAUAUACGAUUUUCGAACCACGUAAAAAAAAAAAAGACUUCCGAUAUCAUAGUGAAGGGGGAGAAAUCAUCACUGCCUAACUCCGACCUACAACGAAACAGUGAGGAGGUCGUAGCUGGCACGGUGCUAACUUGCUAGCUAGCUGUCAAGCUAGAAUUUCAGGACUGCGAAGAGGCAGAGGAAUAUCAUAAUGGCUCAAAUACUACCUAUUCGCUUCCAGGAGCACUUGCAGCUCCAGAACUUGGGGAUCAACCCAGCCAACAUUGGCUUCAGCACCCUGACCAUGGAGUCUGACAAGUUCAUUUGCAUUAGAGAGAAGGUGGGGGAGCAGGCACAAGUUGUCAUCAUCGACAUGGCGGACCCCAACACACCCAUCCGCAGGCCCAUCUCUGCAGACAGUGCCAUCAUGAAUCCAGCCAGCAAAGUAAUUGCCCUCAAAGCCGCAAAAACUCUCCAGAUUUUUAACAUUGAGAUGAAGAGCAAGAUGAAGGCCCACACCAUGACGGACGACGUGACCUUCUGGAAGUGGAUCUCCCUGAACACCGUGGCCCUGGUGACCGACAACGCCGUCUACCAUUGGAGCAUGGAGGGCGACUCGCAGCCAGUCAAAGUCUUCGACCGACACUCCAGCCUGGCAGGCUGUCAAAUCAUCAACUACCGCACUGACGCCAAACAGAAAUGGCUACUCCUCAUUGGCAUCUCAGCACAGCAAAACCGCGUGGUGGGGGCCAUGCAGCUGUACUCGGUGGACAGGAAGGUGUCGCAGCCCAUCGAGGGCCACGCCGCCGGCUUCGCCCAGUUCAAGAUGGAGGGCAACACGGAGGAGUCCACUCUGUUCUGCUUCGCAGUGAGGGGACAGGCUGGAGGAAAGCUACACAUAAUUGAAGUGGGGACCCCUCCGACCGGGAACCAGCCGUUUCCUAAGAAAGCCGUGGAUGUUUUCUUCCCUCCAGAGGCCCAGAACGACUUCCCCGUAGCCAUGCAGAUCUCCUCCAAGCAGGACGUGGUGUUCCUCAUCACCAAGUACGGCUACAUCCACCUGUACGACCUGGAGACGGGCACCUGCAUCUACAUGAACCGCAUCAGCGGCGAGACCAUCUUCGUCACGGCGCCCCACGAGCCCACCGCCGGCAUCAUCGGGGUCAACAGGAAAGGACAGGUGCUCUCGGUGUGUGUGGAGGAGGAGAACAUCAUCCCCUACAUCACCAACGUGCUGCAGAACCCAGACCUGGCCCUGCGCAUGGCCGUCCGCAACAACCUGGCCGGAGCCGAGGAGCUGUUCGCCCGCAAGUUCAACACCCUCUUCGCCGCGGGGAACUACUCCGAGGCCGCCAAGGUGGCCGCCAACGCGCCCAAGGGUAUCCUCCGCACACCGGACACCAUCCGGAGGUUCCAGAGUGUUCCGGCCCAGCCGGGCCAGACGUCCCCCCUGCUGCAGUACUUUGGCAUCCUGCUGGACCAGGGCCAGCUCAACAAGUUUGAGUCCCUGGAGCUGUGCAGGCCCGUGCUGCAGCAGGGACGCAAGCAGCUGCUGGAGAAGUGGCUCAAAGAGGACAAGCUGGAGUGCUCAGAGGAGCUGGGGGACCUGGUGAAGUCUGUGGACCCCACCCUGGCUCUCAGCGUGUACCUGAGGGCCAACGUCCCGAACAAAGUAAUCCAGUGUUUUGCCGAGACCGGACAGUUCCAGAAAAUAGUCCUCUAUGCCAAAAAGGUGGGCUACACCCCAGACUGGAUCUUCCUGCUGAGGAACGUGAUGCGGAUCAGUCCGGAGCAGGGCCUGCAGUUCUCCCAGAUGCUGGUCCAGGACGAGGAGCCCCUGGCCGACAUCACCCAGAUCGUGGAUGUGUUCAUGGAGUACAACCUGAUCCAGCAGUGCACCUCCUUCCUGCUGGACGCCCUGAAGAACAACAGGCCCAUGGAGGGGCCCCUGCAGACACGCCUGCUGGAGAUGAACCUGGUCCACGCCCCACAGGUAGCCGACGCCAUCCUGGGCAACCAGAUGUUCACCCACUACGACCGCGCCCACGUGGCCCAGCUGUGCGAGAAGGCCGGCCUCCUGCAGAGGGCGCUGGAGCACUACACCGACCUGUACGACAUCAAGCGGGCCGUGGUGCACACACACCUGCUCAACCCUGAGUGGCUGGUGAACUUCUUUGGCUCGCUGUCAGUGGAGGACUCCCUGGAGUGCCUGAGGGCCAUGCUCUCGGCCAACAUCCGGCAGAACCUGCAGAUCUGCGUCCAGGUGGCGUCCAAGUACCACGAGCAGCUCUCCACACAGUCCCUCACCGAGCUCUUUGAGUCCUUCAAGAGCUUCGAGGGGCUGUUCUACUUCCUGGGCUCCAUCGUGAACUUCAGCCAGGACCCGGAGGUCCACUUCAAGUACAUCCAGGCUGCCUGCAAGACGGGCCAGAUCAAGGAGGUGGAGAGGAUCUGCCGCGAGAGCAACUGCUACGACCCCGAGCGCGUCAAGAACUUCCUCAAGGAGGCCAAGCUGACGGACCAGCUUCCGCUCAUCAUCGUGUGCGACCGCUUCGACUUCGUCCACGACCUGGUGCUGUAUCUGUACCGCAACACUCUGCAGAAGUACAUUGAGAUCUACGUGCAGAAGGUGAACCCCAGCCGCCUGCCCGUGGUGAUCGGAGGGCUGCUGGACGUGGACUGCGCCGAGGACGUCAUCAAGAACCUGAUCAUGGUGGUGAGAGGACAGUUCUCCACCGACGAGCUGGUGGCCGAGGUGGAGAAGAGGAACAGACUGAAGCUGCUCCUGCCCUGGCUGGAGGCUCGCACCCACGAGGGCCUGGAGGAGCCGGCUACCCACAAUGCCCUAGCCAAGAUCUACAUCGACAGCAACAACAACCCGGAGCGCUUCCUGCGCGAGAACCCCUUCUACGACAGCCGCGUGGUGGGCAAGUACUGCGAGAAGAGAGACCCCCACCUGGCCUGCGUGGCCUACGAGAGAGGACAAUGUGACCAGGAGCUAAUAAACGUGUGCAACGAGAACUCCCUGUUCAAGAGCCUGUCUCGCUACCUGGUGAAGCGCAAGGACGCCGAGCUGUGGGCCAGCGUGCUGCUGGAGACCAACCCCUACAGGCGACCCCUCAUCGACCAGGUUGUGCAGACGGCCCUGUCUGAGACCCAGGACCCAGAGGAGGUGUCGGUCACGGUCAAGGCCUUCAUGACGGCCGACCUGCCCAACGAGCUCAUCGAGCUGCUGGAGAAGAUCGUCCUGGACAACUCUGUCUUCAGCGAGCACCGAAACCUCCAGAACCUUCUGAUCCUGACGGCCAUCAAGGCGGACCGCACGCGAGUGAUGGAGUACAUCAACCGCCUGGACAACUACGACGCCCCCGACAUCGCCAACAUCGCCAUCAGCAACGAGCUCUUCGAGGAGGCCUUCGCCAUCUUCAGGAAGUUUGACGUCAACACCUCCGCCGUGCAGGUCCUCAUCGAGCACAUCGGUAACCUGGACCGGGCCUACGAGUUUGCGGAGCGCUGCAACGAGCCGGCGGUGUGGAGCCAGCUGGCCAAGGCCCAGCUGCAGAAGGGCCUGGUGAAGGAGGCCAUCGACUCCUACAUCAAGGCCGACGACCCCUCCGCCUACAUGGAGGUGGGCAACGCUGCAGCUCAGAGCGGCAACUGGGAGGACUUGGUGAAGUUCCUGCAGAUGGCGCGGAAGAAGUCCCGGGAGUCCUACGUGGAGACGGAGCUGAUCUUCGCCCUGGCCAAGACCAACCGCCUGGCCGAGCUGGAGGAGUUCAUCAACGGCCCCAACAACGCCCACAUCCAGCAGGUGGGCGACAGAUGCUACGACGACAAGAUGUACGACGCGGCCAAGCUGCUCUACAACAACGUGUCCAACUUCGGCCGCCUGGCCUCCACCCUGGUGCACCUGGGGGAGUACCAGGCGGCCGUGGACGGCGCCCGCAAGGCCAACAGCACCCGCACCUGGAAGGAGGUGUGCUUUGCCUGCGUGGAGGGCAAGGAGUUCCGCCUGGCUCAGAUGUGCGGCCUGCACAUCGUGGUCCACGCCGACGAACUGGAGGAGCUCAUCAACUUCUACCAGGACCGCGGUUACUUCGAGGAGCUGAUCACCAUGCUGGAGGCGGCCCUGGGGCUGGAGCGUGCUCACAUGGGCAUGUUCACCGAGCUGGCCAUCCUCUACUCCAAGUUCAAACCCCAGAAGAUGAGGGAGCACCUGGAGCUCUUCUGGUCCAGGGUCAACAUUCCCAAGGUCCUGAGGGCGGCGGAGCAGGCCCACCUGUGGGGCGAGCUGGUCUUCCUGUAUGACAAGUACGAGGAGUACGACAACGCCAUCAUCACCAUGAUGAACCACCCUGCAGACGCCUGGAAAGAGGGCCAGUUCAAGGACAUCGUCACCAAGGUGGCCAAUGUGGAGCUGUACUACAAGGCUAUCCAGUUCUACCUGGAGUUCAAACCGUUGCCGCUGAACGACCUGCUCAUAGUGCUGUCGCCUCGACUGGACCACACACGCGCCGUCAACUUCUUCAGCAAGGUCAAGCAGCUGUCCUUGGUCAAACCGUACCUGCGGUCAGUGCAGAACCACAACAACAAGUCGGUCAACGAGGCCCUCAACAACCUCUUCAUCUCAGAGGAGGACUACGCGGCCCUGCGCACCUCCAUCGACGCCUACGACAACUUCGACAACAUCACCCUGGCCCAAGGGCUGGAGAAGCACGAGCUGAUCGAGUUCAGGAGGAUCGCCGCCUACCUCUUCAAGGGCAACAACCGCUGGAAACAGAGCGUGGAGCUCUGCAAGAAGGACAAGCUCUACAAGGAUGCCAUGCUGUACGCGUCCGAAUCCAAGGACGUGGAGCUGGCCGAGGAGCUGCUGGCCUGGUUCCUGGAGGACGACAAGAAGGAGUGCUUCGCCGCCUGCCUGUUCAGCUGCUACGACCUGCUGCGGCCCGAUGUGGUGCUGGAGACGGCCUGGAGGCACAACCUCAUGGACUUCUCCAUGCCCUACUUCAUCCAGGUCAUGAGGGAGUACCUUUCCAAGGUUGAUGCGAUUAAGGAAAAGGUUGACAAGCUUGAGGCCUCCGAGUCCCUAAGGAAACAGGAGGAGCAGGCCACCGAAUCUCAACCCAUUGUUUAUGGCACACCCCAGCUCAUGCUCACCGCGGGCCCCAACGGAGCCGUGCCCCCCCAGCAACCCUACGGCUACGGAUACACAGCACCAGCUGGCUACGGCCAGCCCCCCCAGCCUGGCUUUGGCUAUGGCAUGUGAAGCCCACCCAACCCCCACCCCCUCCUUUCCACACCACCCUCACCUGUCAGUCUCUCCUUGUGAUCCUCUCCACCAGCUUUCUACUCACAACAGGGGAUACAAACAAGCAAACCCACGCUCGCUAAAUUAUUUUUUAUUCCGUUCCUGCCCUCGUUAAUAGAUGGAAGAAAAAAGAAAAACUGCAAUGAAGGACUUUUAUUUGUGUUGUUUGAAACAAGCAAUUGGACCACCGUUGUGUUUUGUUCACUUGUGUUCACAUUCCAUAUUUAUGACUACAUACGUGGCUAGGAUGAUUUGUAUUUGUAUUUUUUUUUGCGUUUGACUAAUGUUCCGUUUUUUUUAUGGUUUACGUUCUGUGCGGAAGUGGACUUGCGAACAAAAGCAGUUAACUUUUUUUGAAGUAGGGUGGAGAAGCAUCCGAUUUGCACUCUUGUCGUGAGAAGAAACUAAUAUAGGAAUCUCUUAAUUUUGAUGUACUGAACAUGUGAACAGCUUACAGUGUCUCAUCUGUCUGUAUAAUGCAUUUCAUUAUUGUAUAUUCAGAAAAAAAGGUUACAUAUAAUAUUUGAACAUAUAUUGCCACUUCAAUGGCUAUAGCUAGCAACACUAAGUAAUGAUAGUAUAUUCUGCACAGGCGUGUAGCUUUAUGGAGUUUUAAAUGCAUACAGAUGUAUGUUUGUAUGUGAGUGAGUGUGUGUGUAUGUGCGCGUGCAUAUGUGUGUGAGCGUGUGUGAGCGUGUGUGAUCUAAAUAAGAGUUUUAACUCCCCUCUCCCUCCCUCCCCCUCUCUCUCUGCCCAUCGUGGCGCUCCAGUCAACCCCAGUAGAUGUUAGUCCUCCUUUGUUGGCUCUGUGUGUUUUAGGUGACCUCCUGUUGUGCCGUGUACAGUGCUUGUGUGUGAGACCGUGUCUGUGUUUGUACAGGAGGGCGGGGACCGGGGGCUGACUCCCUGGAACUCCAUACGUGUGCAUUUACUCACCAGCCCUCCUUGUGCCGGGAUCUGUGUAUGCCAGGUGUAGUGGUGUAACCAGGUCACCAUAAGUUUGCGUGUACAGAAUAUAACCUGAUGAGUAGAAGAAAAGAAGA